AUGAUACGAGAGUUCUAUGAUAGUACAGAUGAAGAUGAAAUGGAAAGCCAGUAUCAGGUAGAUCCAGAAUGUCUGGUUCUAACGAGACCUGAUCGUGAUAUGCACAAUCGGUGUUGCGGGGGCAAGGCCUGGUGUAUUCGAGACAUAUGCGGCAUUAUAUGUGCGGUGUUAACAUGGCUUCUCAUCCUGUAUGCAGAAUUUGUGGUGAUGAUGGUGAUGCUUCUGCCAGGAGUGGCCACAUACCCACUUUACAGCUAUAUCAACAUCAUUAUUUUCCAGACAUUUGCAUUUCUCGCUUUUGCCUCACACCUUAGGACCAUGUUUACUGAUCCAGGCGCUGUACCAAAAGGCAACGCGACUAAAGAAAUGAUUAAACAGAUGAGCUUCCGCGAGGGUCAGGUUAUCUUCAAGUGCACGAAAUGCUGCAGCAUCAAGCCGGAGCGUGCCCACCACUGCUCCGUGUGCCAGAGGUGCAUCAGGAAGAUGGACCACCACUGCCCAUGGGUGAACAAUUGCGUUGGCGAAAACAACCAGAAGUAUUUUGUAUUAUUUACGUUCUACAUAGCUGCCAUAUCGAUUCACUCGCUGACGCUAUCCGUGUACCAGUUUGUGACGUGCAUCCGACACGAGUGGCGCGAGUGCAGCACGUAUUCGCCCCCAGCAACAGUGGUUCUGCUGCUGUUCUUGAUAGCUGAGGCGCUGCUCUUCGCUAUUUUCACCGCGGUGAUGCUCGGCACGCAGCUGCACGCCAUAUGGAAUGAUGAGACGGGCAUUGAACAACUAAAGAAGGAGCAAGCGCGCUGGAUCCGCAAAUCUCGUUGGAAGAGUAUACAGUCGGUAUUUGGACGUUUUUCAAUUCUUUGGUUCUCACCGUUCACGCAGCCUUCGCCUAAAACCAAACUAGAGAGCUAUUUGUAUAGUGUCUAA